CUCUGGGAUACACUCAACCCGCCAUAGUGUCGUAGAGUUGUAGGAAACGGAAAAAGAAACACGUUAACUGUGCUUUAAUAGCACACUACGUAAUUACAAAGUCUAAAUAUUAUCAUAUGGCAUUAUAAGAUAUAUUAUAUCACAAUUAAAGUAAGUUGCUUUUCAUAAUUUAAAAUAAAAUAGUAUCUAAAUAUGCGCAGCAGACGGCUGCGACCUAUUUACACUCAAAUUUUAGUCAGUAGCAGUACUGAGUUAUCAAGUUACUAAUUAAAAAAGUUAGCAUGGACUUUUCUUUUAAAAACCUGAUUUAAGAAUAAGGUAGUAACGUUAACCAUAAAUAAUACUAAAUUAAUUUACCAAUCUAUAAGGCCAACUAAUUCAUGACCAUGAAUUUGAAUAGUAUUAGUAGGGGGUGGGGGUUGUGCAAAGUAAAGUAUUGUCUUGGUGGAUUAAAUUAAAAUAUCUCUCAAAAGCCCACUAUCACUAUUGCUUUACUUUAGUAUAUUUAAAUAUUAACUAAUAAUGUUUAAGAUUCAAAUCAAAGUAUAACGUUCACCUGGUGCUGCACUAUAUCAGUUAUCUUACAAAAAGUAAGCAAUACCAUUUUUUUGUGGAUCUCACUGAUUUGAUAUUUUGUGAGUAUAGUCUGUAUAGUUGAGGUCAUUCAAUUCACUAGGGAUAACAAUACUUGUUCACGCACCCUUCUGCGCAUGUCCUAAAAUGUCAAUAAAAUGUGUUCUACAAUAUGGCGUACGGCUACACGGUAUCUUUGGAAAAUUGCAUACUACGUAGCCAAUAAUAUAUUUUUUAGUUAAGCCUAUAUAUAACAGUUUUAUUAAAAUACAUCAAAUUAAUAAACAAGAAUCAAACAACAUCAUCGUUGUAAUUAUAUUUUUAUUAGAACAUAGAAAAGCAGUACAUAGACAAUUAUUUAAUAUAUCAAAUAACAUUUUUUAAUAAAUUAGUCUCAUCAUCAUAGUCAUAGAUGAUUUUGAGUAAUUUUUAUUUAUAAUUACAUGCGUUCCAAUUUAUAUAUAUAAAAAAAAGACUACUUACCUUUUUAUAAAUAUAAUAAUUGAUUUAAAAUGUAAAACAAGCAUAAUAAAAUUAGUUAAAAUUCAAUAAACAUGUUAUUUUUUCGUUUUUUCCUGUAUAAAUGAUGAUUUUAUAAUAAACAAGAAUCAAACAACAUCAUCGUUGUAAUUAUAUUUUUAUUAGAACAUAGAAAAGCAGUACAUAGACAAUUAUUUAAUAUAUCAAAUAACAUUUUUUAAUAAAUUAGUCUCAUCAUCAUAGUCAUAGAUGAUUUUGAGUAAUUUUUAUUUAUAAUUACAUGCGUUCCAAUUUAUAUAUAUAAAAAAAAGACUACUUACCUUUUUAUAAAUAUAAUAAUUGAUUUAAAAUGUAAAACAAGCAUAAUAAAAUUAGUUAAAAUUCAAUAAACAUGUUAUUUUUUCGUUUUUUCCUGUAUAAAUGAUGAUUUUCCCAAUUUUUCUGUUCACUUUUUUCUGAACAUACCCACAAAUAAAUAUUUAAAAAAAUAAAAGUCUUGAUGUUAUGUAAAAGUUUUGUUGUUUAUUGGGUUGUAUAUUGCAUUGAGAAUGUCUCCUGAAAAUUUGGUAGCAUUAUCUUUUAAAAUCCAAAAGUUUUGGGCAAAAUAAGGCAGAAAUUUGGAAAGUGGGUCACGCGUUUUUUUUAGUUAAAUACUAAGAUAAAGAAGGGGGUUUUAAAAAAUCACCAAAAAAAUCAUAACUCCACUUCUAUAAAAGAUAGAAAGAUGAAAUUGGUGUUGUUGUAAAGCUUAUAGCUAGUCUUUUAAAAUGAUGUAUCAUUCCUGAUAAUCUGACAAUAUUUAAAUUUUGUGUCAAAGUACCUAAAUUCACAUUAAAAUUUAAGUCCUCUUUUCACCUUUAUAUUAUGUGUUUUCAUCCACAUAACUCGUGACAGAAUUAUUUUGUUGUGCUGAACCAUAGAUAAUGUUCGCUGUUUCAAGCAGAAAAGAUAGUGAUAGUGAUCUAAGUGGUUGCAAAAAGGAAACAAUAUAUACAUAAUGUCGAGUAUGAGCGUUCAUUAGUAAUUGUUGCGACUCAAUAUUAUGUUCAUUAGUUGUUGAACGCUUUUCCCGCGCUUGACUAUUAUAGUUAGUGAACGCUCUUCCCGCCAUUGUCUUUAUGACGUAUUUUUAUGCUGAGUCGUGACGUAUUGUCUAUGCAGUGUUGUGACGUAUGUUUUAGUCGUGCGGCAGUCUUGAGUGGAACCUUGGAGUGAUAGGAUGUUUAUUAUAUUUACUUAGAUAUUAAAGUUAUAGUUAUUAUGAAAAGGAGUUGAGUUUGUUAAUUGAUAGUGAGAAUAGUACGACGCUUCAACGUAUGAAAGAACUGACGAAUGUAAUCAAUCCAAGAAGACGUGUAGGAGUUGACACAUAAUAAAUAAAGAGACUGUUUGGGGAGGGGGGGUGUUAAUAAUAAUUUAUUUUUAACUUGUUGACCAUUAAGUUAUUGUGGGUUGUUUUUAAUGAUUUCUCAUGAAAGGAGGGAGGGAAGUUAAAAAGUUGUCCAAAAUAGUGUGAGAUCAUUUCAGGAUGGUUCCUAAGUUCAAUAGUUUGCAUAUAGUUAAUUGAAAAUGCUGUUUAGACUUCAACAUUGAAACAAAAUUAAAUUCACCAAAGGGUACUGGGGGAAGUGGGAGGGGUGGGGAUGCUAAAAAAUAAUAAUUCAAUUCAUUUCUACCUGUUUAUGGCUUAAGAAAUUCAUAACUUAAAUGAUGUCACUAUUUGUGAUAAAUGUCAUGAGUAAAAAAAAAAAUGCUUAUUUUUUCUGACAUGAUGGCUGAUUAAUCCAGCUGAAUCUUUCAAUCAUUUGUCUAAUGACUAAUGUCAAUACAUUUUUAACGUUGUGCUAAUAUAAUUAAUAUGUAGUAAUACUCUACUAAAAAACUAAUUUUAAUGUCAUUAUUGCCUAAUCUAGUUAUAGCCCUUAAAUUAUUCCGAAAUUGACUUAUGUUACAUGUUCUUUUCAUAUAGAUUAUGUCAAAUAUUGGAUACAUAGAAAUAUCAUUCUUGCUCACCCAUUUAUAUAAGUUACAUGUUAGGUAAUAUUUACUUUGCUAUUUGAAAGCAUGUUGUAUUAUUCUAAUGUGAUAAUUGAUUUAUUAACAAAUACAUUGUCAUUAUUCUUGCACUCAGAAUGGCUCAUGAAUGUGGCGGGCAAAAUAAACCAUACCCUGGAGUUACUGGGCCGCUGAGCCUUACAGAGCCAAAACAACAAGACAUUGAACUUACAGAGAAACUAGUGGAAGCUUUAAAGCCACACAAUGUUUUUGAAAGUGAAGCUGAGCUUAAUCACCGGUAAGUUUUUGUAAUGAAGCUUAAAUCUGAGUACCAAAAUAAUAUGACUAAUUUAUGAAAUUCAUUAACGUUGGAAGCUGUUUUGUAGGAUAAUGCUGAAAAAUGCUAAUACUUGAUUUAAUUUUUGUAUAGAUUCAUUGAUUUAUGCACAGUAGAUUCAGGCGUUUUUUUUUUUUUAAGAAUCAUAUGAUAUCAUAUAAUGUAUAUUAAAUUUUUGUAUUAUUGAGAAUUAAGAAGAUUUAGUAUUAUAAUUUCCUUUACAGAUUAGAAGUCUUGGCUAAGGUCAAUGAACUUAUGAGGUCAUGGAUAAAAGAAGUCAGCAGACAGAAGGUAAGCUGCAACUCAGUUAUGUGUAGUUUUUGUUGACCUCAUGUCUUGUGAGAUUUAUUGAAUCUUUAAAUUCAUAAUAAAAACAAUAGCAUAAAUGUUUUUAUAAUUGUGAGAACAAAUCUGAUUCCAUUGCAUAUUUUCUGAGUAUUUAUGGAACGUUCAAUUUGUUUUUAUAGAACAGUUUCUCAAUUCUGAGAAUAAAUUUGCAAUGUAAGAAGUCCUAUAUCAACCAAAAGACUCAGAAGAAAUGCAAUGGUCAGAACUGCUAAUUCUUUGAGUGUUUGUAAUAUUAUAUUCCCAAUCAGUUGACUCCGUUACUUGCGUUUUUCUUUCAGAAUAAUAUACCAGAAAAUUUGAUUGAUACUUUUGGAGGGAAAGUUUUUACCUUUGGCUCUUAUCGCAUGGGCGUACACACACAAGGUAAGUGAAUCUGUUAAGAACUAAAAUUUUAUCAAGUUAAUUUAUGAUUUUAAAAAUAUAUAUCAAAUAUCCGCAAAUGUAAAAUAAAACUUUCACACAACUAUAACCAAAGUCCAGGUAUCUUAUUAUUAAUUGUGAUUUAAUUUCAGGUGCUGAUAUAGAUACCCUUUGUGUUGCACCACGCCAUGUAGAGCGUUCAGAUUUCUUUAAAUCAUUUUUUGAACUUCUUAAAUCCCAACCUGAAGUGCGAGAUUUAAGGGUAUGUAAACUUAGUGUGUCUGUUGUCUAAAAGCUGUAAAUUAUUUUAGGUUUUAAAAUCUUUUAUUACAUAUUUAAAUUGGUUUACUUCCUAAUCAGACUGUGCAAGAAAUUAAUUGCACAAUUCUGCAAAUUUUAUUACAUCUUUUUUUUUUUCCUUCAGGCUGUAGAGGAAGCUUUUGUACCAGUCAUUAAAGUCGAAUUUGAUGGAAUUGAAGUAUGAAAUUGUGUUUCUUUAUUUAAUGCUUCAGUUUAUUAGUCAGUCUUUUUUGCAUAGGAAUGCUUUUUGCCCUUUCAAAAUUUAAUAAUUAUAAAGUUUAUUUUCAAGCAAUCUAAAGAGGGACAUACCUUUUUCUGAUAAGCAUUUAAAAAAUAUAUAUAGAUUUUUUUACAUUUUACUUGCUUAAUAAAAAUGAAUUGCAUGAUUAAUAUUUGAUUUUUAUAUGAUAUUUAUUUCAAAGAUCAAUUUUAUAUUUGUUUGUCACUUUUAGUAAAUGAUUGAUAAUUCAAAUUUCUCUCAUUAAUCAAGCUUGACAUGGUUUUUGCACGCCUUGCAUUGCCAACAAUCCCUGAAGAUAUCAACUUAAGGGAUGAAUCCUUACUUAAAAAUUUAGAUGAGAAAAGUGUACGUAGUCUCAAUGGUAUUCGAGUAACAGAUGAGAUAUUGCAUCUCGUACCAAAUCAGGAGAAUUUCCGCAUGACACUUCGGGCCAUUAAACUAUGGGCAAAAAGUAAGUUUCUUUGUGUUUAUAAUUUUCCCUGAAGUACAUCUUUACCUUAUACAUCAGCUUUAUUGUUAAUGAAAAGAUAUUUGACAGCUUUGGUAGGACAGCACUUUAGCUCCUACCUUAUAUUUGGAAUGCUAAGGAAAUUGCAAACUUGAUUUUUAAAGAACAUGUAAGCCCCUAAGCGAAUGUCUGCUGUGAAGUUGAAUUGGCCCAAAAGCAAGAAAGCCAAAAUCAAAUACUUGGCAGUCUCUCUCAAGGUAUACCCUAAGUAACAGGAAUAGUAGCUAACCAAGUAACCCUUGAGGAUAGGAUCUAGACCAGGGUUUCCCAACCUGGGGUGUCUUUGCGAGCUCUUCCAUUAGGUGUAAAAUUACAUAACAGGUGUAAGAAAAAGUGAUUAUAAGAACAAAUUGACUUUUAAGUUAUGAUAUACAUUUUUAUAUAUAUCUUGGAGGAAGUGAGUGAGUUGGAAGGAGUGACUCAACCAGACAUGUGGAACAAAGGUGGAUUGUGGUUAUAUUACAUUAGUACCAACACAUCUAUGUUGUUUUUCCACCCUUUUUUUUUUUUUUUUUUUUUUUUAAUGAUUGUUGAAAUUUUGUCUCUUCCAGAAAAAGGCAUAUAUUCUAAUGCUCUGGGUUACCUAGGUGGUGUAUCAUGGGCCAUGCUUGUUGCUAGAGUUUGCCAGUUAUACCCCAAGGCUGCCCCGGCAACUAUUGUACACAGAUUUUUCCUUGUUUAUUCCAAAUGGUAAUUUAAUCUAGUUUAAAAAAGUAUAUUUUCAAGAACAGAGUAAAACUUGUAAUAAGUGAAGUACAUUUUAAUAAACUGAUAUGGAUUUAUUUUUAAUAAAUCUUGCUACAGUUGCAAUGGCUUGUACUACUUUGUGACAUAAUUAUACCCUUCCCCUUAUCACAUGUUUCAGGGAUUGGCCCUCCCCUGUGUUGCUAAAGCCUUUAGAGUCAGAUAAUAGACUGGGUUAUCCAGUAUGGGACUCAAGGGUAAGUUAUAGAUAUAAAAAUUAAUUAGAAUUUGCUGCAUUACAUUUGACAGUGGUGUUUGUGUGGAAAGUGCUUUGGUUAGAAAUUAAAUUGUGGCCUUAUCGGAAAGAAGAUAUUUCUGAUUCUAAUGAAUUCGCUAGCUUUAGAAUAGGACUAGAUAAGACCAAAUUAUUUGUCUAUCCUUUAACAGAUAAAUGCAUCUGACAGAUUCCAUUUGAUGCCCAUUAUCACUCCUGCAUACCCUCAACAAAACUCCACAUACAAUGUCACCCAGUCCACACGCACCAUCAUCAUGGAUGAGUUUCAAGAAGGUAAAUAAAACCUUUUCACCAAACAAUUUGCAUGAAUUUAGUUGGUGCUGAUUCCCAUGAAACUAAGAGGUUAAAUCUAUAAACAUAGUAAUUUUUUUAAUAUAAAUAUAAAUUAUUUUGAUAGAAAAUUUAAAGAUUUUUAAGGGUCACUGUGCAAAUAAAUUGACUGUGGCCCAAUGAGUAAAUACUCUUUAUGCAUAAGGCUUGUUAAAACUAUUAGUUUGCUUUCAACAGAUUAUUCUAUUAUUUUUUAAUUUAUUUAAAUUUUAUUUCCUUCUUUACAAUAGGCCUAAAUGUUGUAACUCUCAUCUAUGAAGGCAGGGAAGAAUGGAGCCGUUUGUUUGAACGUUCUGAUUUUUUUCAUAAAUAUAAGUAAGUUGUCAUUUGUGCAGCUUCGUAACUUUUUUGCUUUUUUGAGCUGUUAAAUCUCACCUAAACUGUUUCUGAUUGUGUUAACAAUAUAUUUUCCACAGACAUUACAUUGUCGUAAAAGCAAGUGCAGAAGAGGAGGACCAUUAUCUUGAAUGGUAUGAUUUUGAAUGACUCAAGAUUAAUUAAAUUCAUUUUUAAAUAAUAUUUCAUGAUCUGACAAGGAAAAUUUGUAUUUGAUGCCAAGUGAAGUCUUAACUUUACUUAAACAAUGUUAAUAAUAUAUAUUUUCAGGAAAGGCUAUGUGGAGUCUAAAAUCCGUCUUUUAGUCGGUAACUUAGAGAGGAAUCCCAACAUAAAGCUAGCACAUAUCAUGCCCACAUCUUAUGGUCCUAUUAAUGAAAGGUUAAUUCAUUUUUAAUUCAUAUUUUUAUUAUACUCAUUAAUUAUGUUACUUUUAAAUAUUAAUAGGCAAAAUUAAUAUUGUUAAAAAUAAUCCUUCAUAAAUUAGCAGCUCAGAGUGAAAUCAGUAAAGUAAAUUAUGUGUUUUUAUCUUCUUUUCAGUGAGGGUCAAUACAUGUGUAAAUGGUUCAUUGGUCUUGUGUUUGGGCUUGUUCAUCAGGGUUCACAACCAGGGGCAAAUGUGGAUCUCACCUAUGAUAUACAGUCAUUUUCAGAUGUUGGUAAGUAUAAUUGAUUGCCUAUAAAAAUACACAUUUUUCUCUGUGCUUAAUACCUGGAACACAAAAAAGACUUUAAAAGACAGAUGAACAAAUGUCUAUGCCAGUAAUUUUAAAGUGUUAAAUUGCAUAAUAAUUUAUUGUGCCUUGCUUUAGAAAGUAAUUAUUUAAUUAAAAUAUGUAAAGUAAAAACAUUAGCAAAAACAGAUAUGAGUUUUUAUUAAUUUUUUUUUUUUUUGAAAAAUAGACAACUCUAAUAAAAAAAAAAACUAUAUAUAAAAAGCACAGAUAUCUUUUAAAAAACCGAAGAGCAAAAAUAUUAAAAGUAAAAACAUUAACAAAAACAGAUAUGAGUUUUUAUUAAUUUUUUUUUUUUUUGAAAAAUAGACAACUCUAAUAAAAAAAAAAACUAUAUAUAGAAAGCACUGAUAUCUUUUACCACAAAAAAAUAAUUUUUGUUUUGAAAUUAAAAUAUUUUAAAAAAUAUUAUUUAUUCUUUUUUUUUCUUCUUGUUUUGAAUAGUGCAUAAGCAAGCAAUUCAUAUAAAUUUGUACAAAGAAGGAAUGAAAGUUGAGAUUCAGUAUGUAAGAAAGUAAGUAAUAAACUUUUUAUUAUUAUUUAUUAUUAAAGUUUUUAUUGACUCUAAGCUUAGUUUUAAUGUUGUUUUAAAAGAAGAAAUCAACUAGGGUUUGUUGUUUUUUUUCUGUACGGCCAAUCUAAUGCUAUGAUGCAUAAAACUUUGUUCAUAUAAGUUAACCAUCUAGGUGCCAGUAGAAUCUGCUGUCGCCCUCCCAAAAGCCUAAUACUCAAGAUGGCAGGGUGAUAGGCAGAUUGUAAUUUUUGACGCUUGUUCAAGAAGGGGCAUACAGGUUACCUAUUGUUUGCUAAUAUUCAAUGCUUUUCUUACGAGAAUGUCUCAUGUGCUGUGGCAUGCCAAGUUUACUAUACUUGAUGAUUAAACAGAUUAAUGUUAGAAUUUAUAGAAAGUAAUAUUUAUGAUAUGACAUAUCAGGAGUGUCCAACCAUUUAACUUCACUGGGCCAUAUUGGAAGAAGUCUUGUUGUUUUAGGCCUCAUAUAAAAUACACUAACAUUAAGGAUAGCAGAUGAACACCAAAAUAUAACCAUAGAAUAUUAUAUUGUUAAUUUUUUGUUUUAAAAGUAAAAGACAUGACAGCAACAUGAAAUUAGUUAGAUGAUUAACAUUGUUUUUGAGACACUAAUGCGUUGAUGUUUCGUUUGUGGGAAGUAGUUGCAAUUCUCAGAGAGUUCUCAAGGAGCUAAUCAGAUAUUUUUGUUCUAUUUAAUUGUACCUGUGCUUCAUCCUUGAAAAUAGCUGCUCACAAAUAUGCAAUUCAUAAUUAUGAAGCAUAGCAUAUUUUGUGUGGAAGAUAUGUAGAAAGCUAGUAAAGAGACAUGAAAUUAUUCAUAAUUUUGAACUUGAGAUUGCAACUAUUUAUUCCAUUUGAAAAUGUGCAGGUAAUAUGUUUAUUUUGAAUGAAAAUGAAGUUGCAAAUACCCCUAAAGAUUUUUACAGAAAUCUUGAAACCUGUUCUUAAAUUCCUGUAUCAAAUUAAAAAGUAGGCUGCAUAUUUUUUGUUUCGCAAAGGACUGUGUUUAGCCAAUGUGUCUAAAUGCAAACAAUAGUUUUCCUUAUUUGAGAUUGCCAUAAUUUCAUUUCAAAUGCUGUUAUAGUUUCAAGUAUUGUAUUCAUCAGUUGGUUUUCACCUUGAAUAUGCAUUUUUAAUAAGCCAUUUAAAUGGGUAGUCAAGUCAACUAAAAUUGCCAAAUUUGUGAACCAUUUCAAGUCGUCAGUUUUUGCACAAACUAUUUCAUUUCGCAUAUCAUAUCUUUUCAACAUUUUACCCAGCCUUCACCAUCUUACUUCCAAAAAGUAAACAAUGUCCCCAAAGUCAGCAUCCACAAAUAUAAGUAAUUUUGUGGAAUUGGUGAUGAUUUUAUCCUUGUUUCCCCCAUGAAAUUCAAAACCUUGAUGACAAUCUGCAGUCAGUCUCUAAAGCUUUUGCAAAUAAAUUUUGGUGUUGUACCAUGCAGUGAUACUUCAUCAAACGUAAAUUUUGUGAGGUAAAUGCAUCAUCUCCUUUUAUAUUUACAAUUCCACCUCUUUUACCUAUUUACCUAUAAUUGCCGGGGCACCAUCAGUAGCUAUACCAGAUUGCAAGGCCCUAAGUUGUAACUUACUUAGCUUGUACAUAAGUCCGGCACUGACUUGUGACCAGGUGUGUCCAUUUUGACAACCAGUGAAUGAACUAAGGUGUAAUAAAAAGGCUAUUCUCUAAAUAACUUUUUUCCCCCUGGAUUUGUUAAAAUAAUAAUUUUGCAGUUUAAAAAAAAAGUUUAUUACAUUUUUAUAGAGAGUUGUAUCCCUUCAUUUCUUUUUCAGAAAGCAUUUGCCUCAGUUUGUAUCUCAACAAAUUUUAAAUCAUGGAAAGCCAAGGAAACGAGUAAGUAUCUGUAAAUUCAUUUUUCAUCAAUUUUCUGUAAAGAGAAUAGUGUAGUUUAGUAAUCCUGUAUUUGAGUUCAAGAGAACUUUCAAAUUAUUUAAGAAAUAUUCCUUUUUCUUCAGCAUGAUAGUUUUAAACAAUCUGGCAAUGCCAGACGUCCAAGUACAGAAAAAGGUGGAAGUUCUGCAUCUACUGUUCCAGCAGCAGGUAAAGCUGAUAUAAGUGCAGAGAUCACAAAGGCUGUUACAACUGGUGAGGAUGAUGACACCUCUCAGGAGUCAAGCUCUGACACACACACUGUAGCAACAUCAAACGGUCCUGUUGCAUCAGACCCAGAAAGCAUGCAGUGGAAUUCAGAGGAAUCAUCUACAAAUGCCGGAACUGUUAAUAAGGAUGAUGAGUUAGAGGAUAAAUCAGAAAAUGCUGUGGUAAUUUUUUAAAUUGUACUUUUUUUAACCCACAUUUAUUUACGUCAAUUUUUGUUAUGCUUUUUCAACUGCUUGUAUUACAUCAGAGCCUACAUUUACGUAACCUACUCAUAAGUACCCUUAUCAAUCAAAAUUAGGUUAAUCCUCUACUUGCAUAUCCCAAUAUCUGUAAUUAAAGUUUUUUUAUCAAUAUCCCAAGAAAAGAUGUAAGCAUAUCAAUAUUUAACUUCCACUUAACAACAUUGUAUCUAUCUGUGAAAGUUGAUUUGUCACUUUUAAUUACAAAAUAUUAUUUACAUGAUAAAUAAUUUGUUCAUUGUAUACAAAAGUAUUUUUAUUUGUAGAAAUAACACUUGUUUAUAUAUUUUUUUCUCUUUAGGGAAGUCCGUCAUCUCAUGACAGUACACCAGAUGCAGCCUCAAAAAGACCUGGCUCUCCUUUUCAAAAUGAUACUCCUCCAAAAAAACCUAAAGACUUAGAGCAGCAAGUAUGUGCUUCAGAGCUUAUUUAAAUGUAAUUUUUUUUGUAAGGUAUGCCACAAAGCAUAGACCUUUGGAUAUGAUGUUCCAAUUAUUUAUCAUUUUUCAGCAAGUGCUAAAAACAGUUUUCAUCUGCCAUAAGCAUUUACUUACACUACUUUUUAUGAAAUUCCUGGUGAGAUCUUUUGAAUAAGAUUUAAUAUUAUUUCAUCAGAUUCCAGGUUCACCAAUGCAGGUUGAUGAAAAACAGUCAUUAACAACCACAUCUUCAUCUUCUUUAACAUCAUCAUCACAGCAUUUUGUGUCCUCACAACAGCACCAGCCAUCUCUUUCUGAUGCAGCAACAAAAUCUAUAUCCAAUAAGGUAAGAAAGCAUCAGCUUGCUUUUGCACUUUAUGUAUCACAUUGGUACAAUCAUAGUUCCUUUCUUUUUCAUUUAUUUGUGACUUGUCCAAUGCAAUGCUGUCUAUACUUUUUUUUUCAUCUAUUUUUAUUAUACAAUUUGGAAAUAAGUAAAAAUUAUUUAUAUUAUUUCUCCUGACAUAGAUUUUUUAAAAACUAUUUUAAUAUUCUUUUUUUCCUCUUCAGCAUGUAGACCAUCAUCCUAGCAAUGAACUUUCAGAUCUAUCAAGUCCACAACCCAUCAAUGCAACAGGCUUUCUCCCUCCUCUUAAAAACUCAAUUAAGCUUAAACUUAAGUGAUGUGUACAGAGUUCAUAAUGUUUGGUCCUCAUUUUCAACUGUCUUUUACAGAAGUAAGUGCAGUGACUUUGAGCCAUUUCACUCAUGGAACAUAUGAUUAUUGCACAUAGGGACAUGUGCAUAGAGGAAUGGCAUCGAUUUUGCAUUCAUACUCAGUUGACAUAAGUCAAAUUUUUAAAAGUUGGCUCAAAUAUUAAAAAAUGAAAUAUUCAAUACCAUGGAGGAUCUAAUAACAGUUGUUAACUGGGGUACCGUUAUGAGGCGUAAUAGCUAUUUAUCUAUUUAAAAUUUAUGCAUUUAACCUUAUAAGACAAAUAUAUAGCUCAUUUUGAAUUACAUGUAAAUUCAAAUGUUCAAAGCUUUUGUAAUAGAUAUUGUAUUUUAAUCAUAGAUUAAAUUAAAUUCAUUCCGUUUUGAGCAAUGUGACAGAUUUUUAAAAAAAAAUAUUUUGAACACUGAAUGUUCAUGCAAUUAAUCAAUUUUAAAAAUUUCUAACUAGAAAAUAGUAUACAAAAAUAAUAAAAGUAUUUGUGGCACAGAUGUAUAGGAUUAAUCUGCACAUAAGGGAAAAUAAUUGACUACUGUAUAGUAUAUAAACUGUCCAAAGUAAGGGUGGGGGUGUAUCAGAUGAAGUACCAGACCGUUUUUUUUUUGUAUUAAGAAUAUACAUUUCAAACAUUUUAUUAUUUAAAACUACAUUGGAUGAUAGUCUGUUGUUUUCUACUGGGUCAUUAACAGAGCUACCAAAAAAUAGAGACAAUUAAUUCUUUUUUUUUUUUUUUUUUGCUACUGGAUUAGUUUUUCAAAUUAUUAACAUAUCUUAGAUCAGUGGUUCUAUAAGGGAAGUUGGUCUUCUUUACAAGGUCUCUUGAUGUAUGUUCAUAGAGGAAUACGAGACACAAUGAUUUUUUUUAUAAAGAAUGUAAUCGUUACAAGAUGAGCUAUAGAGCAAAAUGUAUUCCUUUCAACUGUAGUAACAUCAUAAUAUAUCUUAGGUCUCAUUCUGUCUAAAUUUUGGCACAGUAUGAAUAUAAUCAUAUUGAAAAUAUGGAUGUUGGUUGUUGAAUAUGUCAAGAAGAAAUUUAUGUGUGUAUCUUUUGAAUAAUUUAAGGCAGCUCGACCUUUUGUAUGUUGACAAAUUUACAGGUGAUAAAAAAAUGUACUCUCUUAAAAUCAUUUAUUUGGUCUUGUUAUAAUGAUGUAAACAACAUUUGCUGUAGUUGUUACUAUAAUCAAGUAAAUGCCUUCAAAGGGUAAAAAAAAAAAAAAGUCUCCUGGUCCACAUGUUUAUUAGUUUCACGUUGUUAUAUUUCUUACUGUUUUGUUUCAUUUUCAAAUUUGAAAUUUUGUAUGUUGACAAAUUUACAGGUGAUAAAAAAAUGUAUUCUCUUAAAAUCAUUUAUUUGGUCUUGUUAUAAUGAUGUAAACAACAUUUGCUGUAGUUGUUACUAUAAUCAAGUAAAUGCCUUCAAAGGGUAAAAAAAAAAAAAAAAAAGUCUCCUGGUCCACAUGUUUAUUAGUUUCACGUUGUUAUAUUUCUUACUGUUUUGUUUCAUUUUCAAAUUUGAAAGAUUCGUUUGCAUUAGUAAAUUUCUGUGGUUGCAGACUGUUGUGUUAAUGACUUUUUGUGAUAGCAUAUUAUCUGUUACACUUUUAUGAUAGAAAUCUGGGAAUAUAGUGACCCAAAUUAUGAAUUCAAAAAUGAAUUAUUGUACUGCUGAUUUCAUCUUUACCCUUCUAAAACACCCUUUUCAUCUCCUCUUCCUAACCCCUAAUAAGUAUUUGUUGAUUUAAGGGUUUUAAAUAUGAUCAAGUUAAUAACAACUUGAUUUUUAUAUUUAAUUUCUGAAAUGGCCUCAUUAAAAUCUGUAUCGAAGGUGUGUCAGUCCUUAACACUUUCAGCUUCUAUUAGUUUCCUAAUUUUUGGUAGAGAAAUAAUAACUAAUUUGAGAUAUGCAGUCAAAAAAUUGACAGUCCUUUUGUAUUUUUAAAAAAACUUUUUUUCUUUUUUUUUAAAAUAAUAAAUGUUCAAAAGAAUUGCUAAAGAUAAUUUUUUCCACAUAGAACAUUAAUGAUUAAAGUAUCACUGUAUUCAAAUAAGAUAUUCAUUCUUAAUAUAACAAUAAAUCUUUAAAGAUUGAUAUGCUUUGGCAAGAAGUCCCAUACAACACUAUCAUGUCAUUAAAUUGGAUACAUAAUUCAGUGUAGAUAACAUUAGAAACAUUUAUUUAGUUUUUCUAUUGUCAUAAUUUUACGGAAAUAUCUGCAAUUUCAUGAUGGCUGAUCCAGACAGAUCAAUCACCGUUGUACAUAGUGUCAAUAAGAGUUAUUAGGUUUGUGGGAGUGUACAUAGUUGUGAUUACUACAUUUUUGUUCCAAGUAAGUAAACACAUGCAAAUUCUUGCUGUGCGAGAUUUAUCUUUUUUUUUUUUUUUUUUUUGAAUGAGUGACAAUGUCUUUACUUUGUGCACACAUUACCUUGUAGUUAAUUAUCACCAUGUAUGCUAAGUAAACUUGAUGAGGCAUUUUGGUAAGUUUGGGAUUACUUUUUCUUAAAGGUCAACAAACUAUCUAAAACCCUAAUUUUUAUGUUAAAUUUAAAUUUCCACAAUAGUUUUGUUUUUUAAAUCAUUAAAAAAAGUUUUGUAAAUCAUUUAAAAAAAAUUCAGGGUUGUUUGUGUGAAAGAUCUCCAUCUAAAUGUCGUACAAACGCCUAUUAUUUUUAUUUCCUGAAGUGGUGUGGUGAAUAUGGCAUUACAAAUAACUUCUUUUAAAAUGCGCCAUCACUGCCUUGUAAGUAAAGAAAGCUGUCGGUAGUUUUGUUUUUGUGCCUCAUUCAUCAAAUGUUAGAAUUAAUUUGCUUAGACAUUUAUUUAUUUUUUUUUUAGUUCUGUCUGUUAAAUGACUGAUUUAAGUGAAUGUGUAAAAACUAUUAUAAUUAACUGCAUACAUUAACAAGGCUAAACAUGUUAGUGUUUGCUUCUAGGGUUUAGUCAUGGUUAACAAUAAUUAUUUUCCUGUAUGGUGUAUUGCUGGAAAAAAUUGUCAAAAUACUUAUGACAAAAUCAUGGUUAAGACCUUGAAACACUUUUGCUUGAAGAAAUAUUUUUUCUGUUACAAAUUUAAUUGAAUGAAAUGAACAUAAUCAAAAUAACAUUUAAAAGAUUUAACAGAAGCUCAUUGAUUUGAUUGUUCACAUGUACCGUUUCAUUUAAAAACAUUUAAAGUUUUUGUUAAAUUAAAUCUACUCAACAAUAAUGCAUUCAGCAUAUAAAUAACAGGAUGUUGUUUCUUUAUAAGGGAUCUUGUGUUACUUAUUGUCAUACUAAAUUAUAGUCAUUGAGGAGAGGGAUUAAUUAUGCUAUGUUGGUGCCUAUUCCAAACAUUUUAAAUGAUGUACAUUGACCACUACAAAAUUAGAAAUUUGUUUCAGAGAUUCUUCUCACGAGUUGUGGAGCAGGAAAAUAAACUGAUGAAUUUCUACCCACACAGGACUGUUCAAUUAAUUGUAAAAAAAAAAAAAAAAAUACUUGUAAAUAAACAUAACACUUUGAUCACUGUUGGUGAAUUUCUAGUAGAUAAAAUAAAA